AUGCACCUGAUGUACUACCUGAGCGAGAGCGGGGAGCGGAAGGAGACGCCAGCGGGCAAGCCCACCGAGUCGGCGCACCCGGCGCGGUUCUCGCCCGACGACAAAUUCUCGAAGCACCGCAUCAUCUGCAAGCGCCGCUUCGGGCUGCUGCCCAUGCAGAGGGCCAAGGAGCCAUUGUAG